AUGCCUACCACCGUGAGUUUCGAGCCCAUCGUCGUGCGUAACCUGCACGACGAUGAGAACCUUGUCCUGGGCGACUUCGAAAGCCACGUUGCCCGCUGCAACCACUGUGCCUUGGCCAUCGAAACCAGCGAGAACUACCACUGCGAGCGUGGCUAUCUCCUCGCCCUCGACGUCACCAAGUACCUGUAUACCGAAGGUGGAAAGACAUUCGCAGCUGUGGACAGAGAUAAUGGCAAGCCGCGCCGAGUCAAGCUGCCCCGAGACUCGAGUGCCACUCGCAGCCUCCUGGUUUCCAUCGAGAAGGGAGUUCGACUACAGUCUCCUCGUCGGGGCCGCGCUCCUGCUGUCCAACGCCUCAGCCCUGUGAUCUCCCACACCCGGCCCAUGCCCGUCAUCGAACAGUCUUUGCCUCGCGCCCUCACACCAGAGCCCCAGAGCCCACCGCUUCAGAUCAUUGAGCGCUCGCCAUCCAUUACCAAGCGCCAUGUUAUCGUUUACCCUCGCUCUUCUCGCCAAUCUUCUCGCUCUUCCAACGCUUCCAGCCGCAGCUCGUCUAACCGGGGCUCGCUGUACAUCCCCGACCACCUGGACCGUGAAGACCGCCGCUAUGAAACCCGCGGCCACCGAUACCACCGUUGA